AUGUCCAACCAGGAGCUCCUGGACAAACCCAUGCCCUGCACCGCGACCGACCGCGACCGGGAGCCGACCGCGAACGGUGACGGCGGGAGGCGGGGAUUUUUCGCCCCAAGCCCCGCCCCGUGCCCCGCCCCCGGGACGCCGCGCGCGUGCCGCCGUUUCCGGCGAGACCUUGAACCCGGCCUGGGGGGUCGCACCCGCUUGUCCGUCUGCGCAGACGUUCGGGAGAGCGGCUCGGGUACCUGGGAAGUGUCGUCAUCGUAUUUUAGGUGCAGGCCUGGGGAAGUCUCCUGUCUGGACAGUGGGAAGAGAGCAAUGCAGAAGGACACCGGCUCACUAGUGCCUUUACAUUGGUUUGGCUUUAGCUGUGCAGCACUGAUUGCUUCUGGUGGGAUCAUUGGCUAUGCAAAAGCAGGUCCUGCUCAUACACAAUUCCAGCCCUUGGUUGAUCGGGCCUGGUUUAAGGAUGGAAGAUCUUUUCCCUUCUUAGAUGGAAGUGCCCUUUUCCCUCCUCAGAUGGAAAAGUCCUACCUGUUAGAGGAGAGGGGAAUGGGGUGGGAAGACUCUGGCUUCUCUGGAAUGGGGCUGGAAGACCUGGCUAAGAUCUUCGAAUCAUUUCCUACCAACGUUUCGCUGUGUCCCAUUUUGGAAGGUAGAAAAUGGUCCUUCAAGAUGACAUCAACAGGUCCUGCUAAAUUUCAAUAUUACUUGAGUUUUUCGAGUGCCACCUCAAAGCAGUACUUGCCCCAGCCUAGACCAUCAUACACAUUAUAAUGGCAGGCCAUUACAUAUUUUAUUUAUUGAUUUUUAUUGAAACAUAAUCAAUUGUACAUAUCUGUGGGGUAUGGAAUUGGAUUUUAAUACCUGUGUGCAAUAUGUGAUGCUCAAAUUGGGAUAAUCAGUAUAUUUGACAUUAUACAAUGUAAUCGUUCUUUGUAGGCCAUUACAUUUUUAAUGAGCCCAUGGGCUCCCUUGAGAUCACCAAGUGUACCACAUUUGGGGGCCAUAGACGAGAGAAAUUGCUGGGUUGCAGACAAAGGCUUCACAGAGGAGAUGAUCUUUGAUAUGGGUUUUAAAGAAUGAAUAGGAAUUCACAGCUAGAACAUGGGAUAAGGCGUUCUCGAUAAAUCAGAGCACCUGCAAAGAAGCCCGCUCACUCUUCACUAGAAAAAGCCUAGUUCUCCUGUUUAGGUGGCUACAGAAGAGGUAUCUAAUCUCGUCUAAACUGGGCAAAAUGCACGAAAGUUAGUCCACCAGACAAGCCCAACCUUACAUUAAUCAUGCUUUGCUUCAGUUGCUCUAUUAUUGUGUAUAGAUAGUUACAAUUACAGAAAACAGGUGCUGACAUUCUCAAAGGCCCAUCUGAGGGGAAAUUACUGUAUAAAAUCUGACACCUACACACCAGACUGUAAUGAGCUGGACGGGCAGGGUUUGAACAGUGUGAGAUGAUAGAUGGAUGAUAAGAUCAGAACCACCUUUCAGUUAAAGGUUAACUCAAAUUGAAUACUUUGCUUCUUGCUUUUAUCUUGUUCAUUCGUUCACUGGGUUGUAAUCUGUAUGCUGAAACUUUGCCAUGUGCCUGGGCUAUAGCAGUAAGGAGACAGUCAUGGCUUCUGCCUUAAUGGAGCUUAUAAUUUGGCCCCAAACUGAUUUUUGGAAGGAGACAAAGCAAAUCUAAUUCUACCAGUUAGAAUACAGAGCAACAUAUUCAAAGAAUAAUCAGAGAAACACAUAAAAUUCACCAUGCAGAUCAAGCAUGAAACGGAUGAACUCAGAAGGCAGUCUUACUGAUCUUUGAAGCAGAGAAAUGAAGCUAUUUUCAACCUUUGUAGGCCUUUGGCUUUUGGACAUUUGGAGGCUUUGCCCCAAACCACAGUCCCAAAUUAAGUAGAAUUUUUGCUUUUAAAAUAUUGAAAACUUUUUUCUUUUUUUAUAACUCAUUUUAAAAUUAUUUGACUAUGAGUAACUCAUUUAAUUUAGAAUUGCCUGUGAGUUCUUGUCAAUCACGAUGCAUAUUUAGAAAUCUUUGCAAAGUGAGAAAAAUCUAAUGGACAAAUUGUUUUUAAGUGUAACAAUUAAUGGGGUUGACAUGUUGUUUCCUAGACAUUUGUCUCAAUGUUUAUUAAUUUCUAUUUUGUAGUUUUUGCGUUUCAUAUUUUGGAGCCAAAACUUUUUCUUUUUCAGCUUUCAAAUAUUCUCAUAGGCCCUGGGCAUUCUGCCUUCAAUGUCUAAUGGAUAAAACAGCCCUGCAUACAAAAUUCAGAGUGAAAAAGACCAAUGAAACGAAAUAAAGGUGUCUGUGU